CAAAAUAAUGUGGAGCUUAAAGCCCAAUAUAAGUUAUCUUAGCAUUACCUGAAGUCCAGUUCAAACCUAUUAUUGUAUAACAGCAACUUCCCAAAACCCCAGCAAAGCCAUCAAAGCAAAAAGGUAGGGUUUUUCGUUUCCGAUUGGGAAAUCUUUAGGAUUGAUCUUAGGAAAACCUGUAUCCAUGGCUACCCCUAGCCAUCACCAAAACCCCACAAAUUCAACCAAAAGAAAGAAAACCCAGAAAAACCCAGAAGCCAAUUUCCUAUAUGAACUCAAUUCUUGCUCCAAAUCCAAAGACCUCAAAGCGGCAAUUUCACUUUACGAGUCAGCUAUUUCAAACCAAACUCGCCUCAAUCAACACCAUUUCAACACCCUCCUUUACCUUUGUUCCACUUUUUCCGCCGAUCCGGAGUUAAGAAAUCUCGCUUUAGCACAUGGGUUUCGAGUUUUUGACCAUAUGAUGGCCUUAAAUCUCCAUCCCAAUGAAGCUUCCAUUACUGCUAUUGCCCGUUUAGCGGCGGCGAAAGGUGAUGGGGAUUACGCUUUUGAAAUGGUUAAAAAGUUGGAUGAUUAUCGUGUUUUGCCACGGCUUCGUACUUAUGAGCCUGCAUUGUUUUGUUUUUGCCAGAAGUUGGAAGCUGAGAAGGCUUAUGAAGUUGAGGAGGAUAUAAAUAAGAUGGGGUUGAGCUUGGAGGAAUCUCAGAUUGCUGCUUUAUUGAAAUUAAGUGCGGAGACGGGGAGAGGGGGGAGAGUUUAUGAGUAUUUCCAGAAGUUGAGGAGGAGUGUGAGGUGGGUUAGUGAGGAGACAGGGAAGGUUUUGGAGGAUUGUUUUUGUAGUAAGGGAAGUGAGGUUUGUUUUGAGGGAGCGAAAUAUGAGGUGGGUUUCGUGGAAGAGGCGGUUUUGAGGAAUGGUGGGGGUUGGCAUGGGUUGGGGUGGAUUGGGGAAGGGAAGUGGGUGGUGAGGAAAGGGAAUGUCGAGCUGAAUGGGCGGUGUUGUUGCUGUGGAGAGCAGUUGGGUUGUGUAGAUAUUGGUGAUGUCGAGACUGAGAAGUUUGCGCAGUCAGUUGCAGGGUUGGCUAUGGAGAGGGAGGUUAAGGCUAACUUUAAGGAGUUUCAGGACUGGUUGGAAGAAAAAGCUGAUUAUGAAGCCAUAGUGGAUGGAGCAAAUAUUGCACUUUACCAACAAAAUUUUGCAGAGGGUGGAUUCAGUCUUCUUCAGCUUGAUGCUGUCAUAAAAGAAAUGUAUGCUAGAAGUGGGAAUAAAUGGCCACUCAUUAUCCUGCAUAAUAAACGUGUGCGAACCCUCCUGGAAAAUCCUUCCUACAGAAAGCUGGUUGAAGAGUGGACAAAUAAUGGUGUUCUUUAUACAACACCUCCUGGUUCCAAUGAUGACUGGUAUUGGCUUUAUGCUGCUGUAAAACUUCGAUGUCUGCUUGUGACAAAUGAUGAAAUGCGGGAUCACAUUUUUGAACUCCUAGGUAGCAACUUCUUUCUCAAGUGGAAAGAAAGGCACCAGGUGCGAUAUACUUUUCUGAAAGGAACCCUGAAACUUCAGAUGCCACCCUCAUAUUCUGUUGUCAUUCAGGAAUCAGAAAAAGGAUCAUGGCACGUGCCUAUUGUAUGUGACGACGAUGAGGAGUCUUCUAGAACUUGGCUCUGCAUUACCAGGCCAGGUGCUUGUGAAGAUCUCGGUAAAACUGCAGCCAACAUGGAAACUUGUGAAAAUUGUAAUGGUCCCCGCUGCAAGUUAGCCAUGUUGAACACAGGCGGUUCUGAGAUUCUCUCAACUGGCGGUAAAAAUCAUGCUAGUCAGGAUUCCUUUCAAAAGUCUGACGAUAAAACAACAUCCAUGACGGGUAAAAGGAAAGAGAGAUCCCCAUAAUUCACACAGCUGCAGCUAUUUAUAAGUGGCAAGCUGAAGCUGCCUGUUUCAGGCCCAGAGUUUUUUGCACUUGUAUUUUUUUCAGCCAAUCGAAAUAAUCUUCCAUAUUUUCCUCCAAUUUUCCAUAUGGAGUAACUCCAUCCCUUGUAACUCCAAUAUUGUUUUACUCAUUAAUCAUAUUAUAUUUCUAUCAUUUCUUUCAAGGAAGAAAGCAUUAAAGAAUCAAUAAGAUCAAUUUUGCAUUCUCACAUGAAGUGUUAUAAAGAACAUAUUGUUACG